UAAACAGAAAAAAAAAUCAUUAUUUUGUUUUUUUUUGGGGUCCAUAUUUGUUUUUUUUUAACAUACCGGAGAUAUAAUUUUCACGGCGGAAAAAAUAUGUCGUCGGCGAUGCUUAGAUUUGGUUUACUCACUAUCUUCACGGUGCUCUUGUCUUAUUCGAAUUUGUCUGAUGGAUUACUGCAACCUCGUAGGAUUUCUCAUGGUUUAUCCGAAGGGAACAAGUACUUGACGAGGGAUGAGCUCUGGUUCAAUCAAACCCUAGACCACUACUCUCCUUCUGAUCAUCGGGAAUUCAGACAGCGAUACUAUGAGUAUCUUGACUUUUUACGGGUUCCUGACGGACCUAUCUUUCUGAUUAUCUGCGGUGAAGGUCCUUGUAACGGAAUCCCCAAUGAUUAUAUAACUGUGUUAGCAAAGAAGUUUGAAGCGGGUAUCGUUUCGCUUGAGCAUCGUUACUACGGGAAGAGCUCACCUUUUAACUCAUUGGCUACUGAGAAUCUCAAGUAUCUUUCAUCUAAACAGGCCCUUGACGAUUUAGCUUCUUUCCGCCAAUAUUACCAGGACUCUUUGAAUGUUAAGUUCAAUAGAAGUAGAAGUGUUGAGAAUCCGUGGUUCUUCUUUGGAACGUCUUAUCCUGGAGCUUUAAGUGCUUGGUUCCGGCUUAAGUUUCCUCAUUUGACCUGUGGAAGCCUUGCUAGUUCUGCAGUUGUUCGUGCUGUCUACGAAUUCCCUGAAUUUGAUCAACAGAUAGGUGAGUCGGCUGGACCGGAAUGUAAAGCUGCUCUACAGGAGACUAAUAAACUCGUGGAACUAGGGCUUAAAGUAAACAACAAGGCUGUGAAAGCUCUCUUCAACGCCUCUGAGCUUGAUGUUGAUGCUGAUUUCUUAUACUUGAUAGCGGAUGCACAAGUUAUGGCGAUCCAAUACGGAAACCCAGAUAAACUAUGUGUACCACUUGUGGAAGCUAACAAGAAUGGUGGUGAUUUAGUGGAAGCAUAUGCUAAAUAUGUUAGAGAGUUUUGCGUGGGUGUUUUCGGGCUAAGCCCUAAAACAUAUAGCCGGAAACAUCUGCUAGACACUGCAAUCACCUCGGAGAGUGCAGAUAGGCUUUGGUGGUUCCAAGUUUGCACUGAAGUGGCAUAUUUCCAGGUGGCACCUGCUAACGAUAGCAUCCGGUCUCAUCAAAUCAAUACAGAGUAUCAUUUGGAUCUAUGCAAGAGUCUGUUUGGGAAAGGUGUUUAUCCUGAGGUCGAUGCAACAAACCUGUACUAUGGAAGUGAUAGAAUUGCUGGGACCAAGAUUAUCUUCACAAAUGGGUCACAGGAUCCAUGGCGUCAUGCAUCCAAACAGACAUCAUCUCCUGACCUGCCUUCUUACAUACUGACUUGUCAAAACUGUGGCCAUGGAAGUGACCUUCGUGGAUGCCCUCAAUCUCCAAUGGUCAUCGAAGGUGAUUCCAAGAAUUGCAGUUCACCAGAUGCAGUAAACAAAGUGAGGCAACAUAUAAUAGAACACAUUGACUUGUGGCUCUCCGAGUGUCGUGGAGGAAUUAGAAGUUCCAUGUAGAUAGUCACACGAACCGCGUUUCUGCAGAUAAAUAAAACUUCAGAUGUAUGUUCCAAACUUGUAUCUUUGUAAUUGUAACCUCUGGAUGUAUUAUGUUUCGAACGUUUUAUCUUCGAAACGUAUACAAUAGUUACACGCAUGGACCAUAGCCGUCAAAACGCAUGAUUUUAGCAUA